ACAGUCAAUUCAAGGACUCUCCAUCAAUACUUGUACAAGAAAUAAACAAAGUCGACACAAUUGCUGGAUACAGAUUUGACAAAUCAUAUACAAGUAAAGAAGGUACAAUAUCCUGAUAUAGAACUACCUCUCAUUUAACCAAAGACGUAUAGCUACAUCACCCUCCCUGUAAACGUGAAAGAACAUCAAUGCCGUUUCACUGCGUAUAUUAUUGUUAUUAAGGAAAAAUAAACGUAUGAAAACGUGUGGAAAUUUAAUACGACAUUUUACCACUCACAAUUUUUACUUUUCUUGUUUUCAACGAACACUGAUAUAAUCUGUUUUAAUACAAACUAGGUUUUCUCAAUUGAUAUCUGACACCUUAAUUUGAAGUUAGUUUGUGUACCUUAUUAACUACAUAACUGCAUGCUAAGUUCUACAUGCACUUCUACUACCCGAAAAUUUAAUUCGGUUUCUGGUACGUGCAACAUUAGAGUUAUUCUAUGAAGAGAUCCAAAACGUAUUUGUAACAGGAAUUCUAUAAUGCUGAUUAACUUUGUUAGUAUGAAUUAUGAUGGUGCUUGAAAUUAAUGAUACAACGCAUCCCUGCUAUAUAGAUUUUGAUGAAUGUGAGAAUGCAGAUUCUAAUACUUGUCAUGAGUACGCACAUUGUGAAAAUGUUAUUGGAACUUACAUUUGCAAAUGCUUUGAAGGCUUCUUUGGCGACGGCAUGGAGUGUCAAGGUACAAUGAACAAUUCAAUAGAAUAUUAGAAAAAUUCUCCAUGAACAGAUUUUUACCAAUCUUUGUUAUUCAAUCAGCGAAUAUAAUUCAUGAACUUCGAAUCCCAUCGAUCAUGCUUCAAUGAUAACGUAAUGUAGGCUAUACCAUUUAACGUAAUGUUAUACCAUAUUGCGUAAUGUAAACCCACUAUAUUAAAAACAUGUUACUGAGUUACAAGAAACGACUAGAAAAAAUAUUCUGCGACCAGAUUCUGUGGCAUGGAAAGUAUUAUAUGCAAAUGAUAGUUGAUAUAGAGUUCUGUCCUAUUGAGUAUUGGACAUUCGAAAAGUCAUGUCAAUAGUAUAUAUAAAGAUUUGUAAUCCAGGCAUAUUAUAAUUAACGAAAGUUCUCUGGAUUGAAAUAUACUUUUAUUCUUCAGAAUUCUGAGAUUAAUAUUACAUAUAUACAUUAUUUAAGUUUCGCGCGGUGUUGCAACGUUCUUGUAUUCGUCAUAUUAAAAAUAAGCAUAAACUUAGGAAAUUAGUGAUUGUGUUUAUACAAAAACUUAAAUACAAGCACAUGCAUGGUUAUGGAUUAUUUUCUAAAAUAAAUCAAAAUUACUGAUUUUGACAGGUCCUCCACAAAUUACAUCGAAAUCACCAGCAAAUAUUACCCAAUAUGUUGAAACGAACGUGACUCUUGUUUGCACAGUAAUCGCUGAUCCUAAACCCACAACUUCUUGGAAGCGUGCUAACUCUGAUGGCAAAUUCAUGGAAAUCAAACGUGCUCAUGGCAAAUUUGAUGGAAACAUUACGAUUCAUAAUGCACGUUUAGAAGAUUCUGGAACUUAUUUAUGCAAUGCUUCAAACACACUUGGUUACGAUUAUUACACAACAGAAAUAAUAAUAAAACCAGGUAAGCUGGAUUUGUCUUUUUAAUGACAUAUUGCCGCGCCACCUGGAGAGACGUAGUGGCAGGAAAGGUAAACUGCAUGCUUGAAACAACAGCUAUAUAUAUAUAAGGCAUGUUAUAAUGUGCACGUCAAGCGCACCGGUCACAGAUAUGGGAAUAAGAAAGAACCUUGUGAAUUUCAAUGUUUGAUUUAUUAAUUCUAUUUUAUUUUUAUAGUGAUCGUGAAUAUUAGCGUGGAGAUAAAGCUUUCCAACAAGACGUUCAAGGAAGAAUUGGAAAAUAAGUCUUCAACAGCUUAUAAAGAAUUAGAACAAGACGUUUAUAUCGAG